GAGAGAGGGAGGGAGGGAGAGAGCGAGGGAUAGAGAGAGAGAGAGAUAGAUAGAUAGAGCGAGACAGCACAGAUCUGUCAAUGUGAGUGCGCCGGGGAAGAGAGAGAGAGAGGGAGAGGGAGAGCGAGAGCGAGAGCGAGAGAGAGAGAGCGAGAGAAGGAGGGAGAGACUCGUUAUGUGAAAAUCCCAUGCGCUCUCCUUUUAUUCCAGGACGCCUCUGGAGGACAGCACCGCCCGCGCCUCCGCCACCGCCGCCGCCGCCGCGUAUGAGCAGCGAUCCACGCGUCUGCGCGCCUCCCCCCCGCCCCGGCGUCCACACAGCUCGGCCGCGCAGCCAGGAGGAAGCCGGCGUCCCGCUCCAGCUCCGGCUCCGGCUCCCGCUCCGCGUCGCUAAUUAAGGUUUUUGGAGGGGCUCGUGGGCUCAUGCCGGAAACAAGGCGCGGUCUCCUCUGGAGGAUGGGGCGUCUGGCCCGGCUGCUCUGCCUCUGUUCCCUGGCCCUGAGCUACACCGUGGCUGGCGAGGUGUGCGUGGCCGGCCAUGACAGCGGCCCGGUGUUCGAGGAGCAGCCCUCCAGCCUGGUCUUCCCGGAAGGCCUCCCCGAGGAGAAGGUCACCUUGACCUGCCAGGCCAGAGCCAGCCCUGCCACCACGUACAGGUGGAGGGUGAACGGCACGGACGUGCUGGUGGAGGGGGACCCACGCUACAGCCUGGUAGCGGGGAACCUGGUGAUCAGCCAGCCCCUGAGUGCCCGGGACGGGGGGUCCUACCAGUGCCUCGCCACCAACCGCUGCGGCACCAUCGUCAGCCGGGCCGCCAACCUCAAAUUCGGCUACCUCCAGGAAUUCUCCCCAGACGUGAGGAGCCCACAGACCGUGUAUGAAGGAGCAGGAGUCACACUUACCUGCCAGCCACCUCCACACUACCCAGCUCUGUCCUACCGCUGGUUCAUCAACGAAUUCCCGAAAUUCGUCAAGUCGGAGAAGGGCCGCAAGUUUGUUUCCCAGGUGACGGGGAACUUGUACCUGGCCAAGGCAGAGGCCAACGACUCAGGAAACUACUCCUGCUUCACCACCAGUCAAAUGGCUUUCAACACCAAGAGUGUCUUCAGCACAGCCAACCAGCUCACAGUGCAGCCUGACGCCAACCCGAGGAAGUCUUCUCCCAACAUCAAAGUGAGGUUCCCCUCAGACACCUACGCUUUGGCCGGGCACGGCACGCAGCUGGAGUGCUUCGCUUACGGAAAUCCCGUGCCAGACAUCCGCUGGAGGAAAGUGGACGGCACGCUGCCCUCGAAGGCCACCACGGGCAACGACGGGCUGGUUCUGGUGCUGCCCGACCUGGGGUUCGAGGACGAGGGGACCUACGAGUGCGAGGCCCGCAACUCGGAGGGCCGCGACACCCACCAGGGCCGGAUCAACGUGCAAGCCCAGCCGGAGUGGCUGCAGGUGAUGAGCGACUCGGAGGUGGAGAUCAGCGCGCAGCUGCGCUGGAGCUGCAUGGCCGCCGGGAAGCCCAGGCCGUCCGUCCGCUGGCUGCGCAACGGCCAGCCGCUCGCCUCCCAGGAUCGAGUGGAGAUCGACGGCGGCCAGCUCAAGAUCAGCAACCUGGCCCUGGAGGAUUCUGGGAUGUACCAGUGUGUGGCCGAGAACAAGCAUGGCACCAUCUACUCCAACGCAGAGCUGAGGGUGCAAGUCCAGGCUCCGGAUUUUCGGCUGAACCCGGUGCGGAGGCUGGUCCCGGCAGCGCGCGGGGGCCAGGUGCUGAUGCAGUGCAGGCCCAGGGCCGCGCCCAAACCCACGCUCUUCUGGAGCCGCGGGACCGAGCUGCUCACCAACAACAGCAGGGUGACGGUCACGCCGGACGGGAACCUCUUGAUCACCAACAUCAGCCGGGCGGACGAGGGGAAGUACACCUGCUUCGCGGAAAACUACCUGGGCAAGGCCAACAGCACCGGCCACCUCUCUGUGAGAGAUGCCACCAAGAUCACGCUGCACCCUGGACCUACCUUCACCUGGUCCUUGAACGGGGUCCUGCUGGACCUGGAAGACACCAACGAGCACUACCAUCGCGCAGAGACCAAAGAGACCAUCGGGGACCUACUGAUCGUCAACGCGCAGCUGAUGCAUGCUGGGACGUACGUCUGCGCGGCCCAGACGGUGGUGGACAGCGCCUCUGCUUCCGCCAAACUCGUAGUCAGAGGUCCUCCUGGACCACCAGGGGGCGUAGCUGUUAAGGAUGUGAAUGAGACGGCUGUAGAGCUGCGAUGGAGUCGGGGCUAUGACAACCACAGUCCAAUCGGGAGGUACAUCAUAAUGGGCCGGUCGCCAUUGGCCGGUCCCUGGAAACAGAUGAGAACAGAUCCUCCUAACAUCGAGGGGAACGCGGAGUCGGCCCGCGUGAUUGGUCUCUCGCCCUGGAUGGACUACGAGUUCCAGGUCAUCGCCAGCAACAUCCUGGGCAGCGGGGAGCCCAGCAUGCCCUCGCAGGUCGCCCGCACAGGCCAAGCAGCCCCCUCAGUGGCCCCCAAUGGACUCGGUGGAGGAGGAGGAGAUCGACACGAGCUCAUCAUCACCUGGACACCAAUGGCUCGCGAGUACCAGAACGGAGAUGGUUUCGGUUAUAUCCUGGCCUUCCGCAAGAAAAACUCUCCCACCUGGAUGGUGGAGAAGGUGCCCCACGUUGAGUCCACGCGCUUCGUUUACCGAAAUGAGAGCCUGUCCCCUUACUGCCCCUUUGAGGUCAAGAUCAAGGCCUACAACAAGAAAGGGGAGGGGCCUUUCAGCCAGGUGGCCUUGGUUCACUCUGCCGAGGAAGAGCCGACCAUCUCCCCCCGGAAGGUCAACGCCACCGCGCUGACGGCCUUCGAAAUCGCAGUGUCGUGGGAUGCCGUGCCUCACCUGACCGCCAAUGGCGUCCUCCGUGGCUAUGAGAUCCGGUACUGGCGCCAGCCGCACAAGCAGGCCGCGGCGGACCGCGUGCGGACGGCGGGACUGGAGACGACGGCGCGCGUGACCGGCCUGAGGCCCAGCACCCUGUACCAUGUGACCGUCCUGGCCUACAACAGCGCCGGCACCGGGCCCCCCUCCCCCCACGCCACCGUGACCACCAAGAAGCCCCCCCCAAGCCGGCCCCCGGGAAAUGUGUCGUGGAAGACUGAUGGAUCGUGGGUAACGGUGAGGUGGGAUCGCGUCAAAGCCCUGAAGAAUGAGUCUGCUGUCCUGGGCUACAAGGUGCUGUACAAGCACGAGGGCCUGUCCGCGCUGAAGGUUUUGGAGAAGGACCAGACCUCCGUCAGCCUGCCCCUGCCCAAGGACGACGGCUACGUCGUGCUGGAGAUCCGUUCUUGGGGGGAGGGGGGCGACGGGGCGGCCCACGAAACGAUCGUCUCCCGGGACUCAGGAACUGGAAUGAUGGUUCAGAAUUCAGCCAAGAUUCUCUGCUCCCAUAAGUCAGUUCUCCUUACCGCUGCAGCAUUGCUCACUCUCACUGGUUUACUGGAACUCUAAUUUCCACCGACCCAAAGGUGACUCUGCUUCAAGCUCUAAGCCUAUUUGUUGGAUCCAAUUCACUUAUUCCACUUUGGUGAUUUUUGAUGUAGGGGACAGGGGUUGUUAGUAAGGG